UGGUAGCUUAAAAGGUGAAAAGGACUCCGGGAGGGAAUGGUAACUACAGAAUUGACAGGCAGACCCCCAGGUCUGGUAGCCUCAGUCUAUCCCUUAGACCUCACACAGAUCCAGACUCCCCACACACCAUGAUCCGGACCCCUGCAUCUCUGCUCCUUGCUGCCAUCGUCCUCAGCAGCCUCCUCAGUCUAGGCUUUGGGGGACGACAAAUGGCUAAACUGGCAUCCAGGAAGCUGUGUGCGGAUGAAGAGUGCAGCUACCCCAUCUCUCAGGCCAUUGCCCUUCAAGACUAUUCGGCCCCAGACUGCCGCUUUCUAUCCGUGCAACAGGGCCAGGUCGUCUUUGUCUACUCUAAGCUGAUGGGCCGAGGUCGCCUUUUUUGGGGAGGCAGUGUUCAGGGGGAGUACUAUGGGUCCCAGCCUGCACGCUUGGGCUACUUCCCAAGCAGCAUUCUUCGAGAGGACCAUGUCCUGAAGCCAGGAAAGGUGGAAGUGAAAACAGACAAGUGGGACUUUUACUGCCAAUGAGUCCAGGCCGCCGCUGCCCCUGCCCCUGCCUCUGCCCGGCUGGAGAAGCAGAUGCUGACCCCGAGCCCCAGGACGUCUU